AUGCCCAACACUAUAAUGACUAGAGGAGCUUCAAAAUUCAUCUUCUUAUUCUUCUUGUUUAUUCUUCUUGCCUGCAUUUCUGGAUUAUCCCCAGCUAAAAGAAUUGAGCACAGAGAGCUUGAAAGGGAAAAGGAACAAAAACAUCAUAUGUUCGGGAAAGGACUGCUUGAGUUGUUACCCAUUAGAGCAAUUAAACAUGACUUGAUGGAUCCACCAGCAACAACUGGAUUUCCUACAACCCCUAUUGUAAAUCCUGUCACAACUCCAUCUAAUAUGCCUCCAGAUAACUCAGCUCCAACAGUUGUUACUGUCCCGUCCACAAAUCCUAACCUUGGAAUUCCAAAUUUUGGGUCUAUACCUCCAGCAGCUCCUUCUACGACCCCUGUGACUGACCCGAACCCCAAUCCUCCGGUACCACUAACUAAUCCAGUUACCACCCCCAGCACAAGUACACCCGUAAGUAAUCCUGUAACAACGAACCCAAAUCCUGUAGGGGGUGUCCCUGCCACCACCCCGGUAACGCCUCCUGCAACCACAAAUGCUCCUGCUACUGGAGGGCAGAGCUGGUGUGUUGCAAAGAAUGGAGCUGGAGAAACUUCACUUCAGUCGGCGCUUGAUUAUGCUUGUGGGAUGGGAGCAGAUUGCUCAGCCAUCCAGCAGGGUGGAAGUUGUUAUAAUCCCAAUAGUCUUCCAGGUCAUGCAUCCUAUGCCUUCAAUAGCUACUUUCAAAAGAAUCCAGCACAAACGAGCUGUGAUUUUGGGGGUGCUGCCAUGAUAACCAACUCAAACCCAAGCACUGGCUCUUGUGUUUUCCCUGCAUCGGGGUCUUCUUUGUCAUCGCCUGCAACAACUACCACGCCAAUGUCUGGAACUCCAGCUCCAACAACAUCCUCAUCAACAGGUGCAGCAAUACCAGGCUUAGCACCUCCAACAGUGACGAAUGGUAACGACUCUGGUUUUGGAACGAUGCCCUCGGGGAUCGGUGAUAGUAUUCCUCCGACUACUACUACCUCACUGUCCAUGUCAAAUGAAUUGCAACCCCUAGUUGGCUGCAUCGUUCUAGUCGCCUCCCUUGCGACUAGUAAGCUGGUCUUGGAGUUUUGA